CUCAUCUACUUCCUGUUAUUGCCGGAAGUUGAUGUAGUUUUGCCGCCUUCCUUGAACAUUUGCCACAGCUGCUGUUACUCUUCGGUUUACAGUGAUCUCACUCUGAAUCUGAUCCAAUGGAAGACGACGCUUUGUUUGAUCAGAGCCGCAUUGAGGACGAGCGUUUCGAUGCUCUACCGCCUCCUCGGUCCCCGGGGGAGGACAACGCAGACCCCUUUGGUGAUGGUGAAAAUGGAGAGGUUUCUAAGCUGGCCGAGGUCCCAGAGGCGAAAAGGAAAGGGGUGAAGAGACCACAGCCCAAACUCGACUCAAACAGGCUGACCUCUGAGCGAGGACUCCCAGCUCUGCGUACGCUCUUUAACAACGUGAAAUUUAAAGGCAAAGGGCACGAGGCGGAGGACCUGCGUUUGUUGAUGAAGAGCAUGGAGAACUGGGCGCACAGGCUUUUCCCUAAACUUCAGUUCGAGGAUUUCAUGGACAAAGUGGAACGACUCGGAGCCAAGAAGGAAGUGCAGACAUGCCUGAAGAGGAUAAGACUGGACAUGCCAUUAACACACGAAGACUACACGACACAAGAGGGAGAGGAGGAGGUGCCCGCAGAAAUGCAGAUUUUUGGUGAUCCUGAUCCGUUUGCUGGAGAACAUCUGAGCGCUUCUACUCCGCGGAUGACCCACUCCACCCCAGCCCCGAGCUCCUUCACAGCCCAGAGCGUUGACCCCUUCCUGGGCUCGUCUCCCACCUCUCCGCCCUCUCCGCCCUCUCUCACCGAGGAGCAGCAGAGGAGGAUGGCCGAGAACAGACUCAAGGCUCUGGAGAAGAGACUAGCGAGGCAGAAACAGCAAGCAGAAUCUCAGUCUUUGGAGUCUCAAUCCACACAGUCCGAGCCUUCAGAGUCCCAGACCAAAGAGUCAGAGCUGGUCCCAAUGGAGGAGUCCACAGAGGUCCCCCCUGAACCAGACCAGAGUCCUGACCAAGUCCAGGACAUGAACAAAGACGAGACCCAAGACCAGGACCAGGACCAGGACCUAGUGACCAACAGCAGCAGUCAGCCACAAAAAACACCUCAAACCCAGGACACUGAAAACCAUGUGGAGUCAACCCCAGACCCCAAAGAACCUGAGGCCAGUCCAAGUCCUGCCCCUGAACCAGAGGAAAACCGAGAAGAGGAGGGUCAAGAUACUAAAGAGGAAGAGUAGUUGCAUUUUAUAUUCAAUAAGUUUAAAGUUUUUGGGAGACUCAGUACUUAAUGGCUUAGUAAAUGAAAGUGAAAACACAAACCUAUUAACGUACAGUUUGUCCAGAAUAUCUAUUUAAGUUCCUUUACCUUCACUUUAUUGUGAAAACCCAAUAAAUUUACUUUUACCAA